CUCAUGCGGAAAACGAACAUGUUUUGAGAAGUCUCUGUUUCACUGAAAGUUCACCGUUUUGCUUUUUUUGCCUACUACUAUUUUGAAGUAACAGAAAACUGCUUUUUUGGCAACUAGAGAUGUUGCUUACAAACGUCCUAUGCAAAAAGGUUAAAGCCAAGACCAUUAUGGUUAUGAUGGAAUCUAUAGUAAGCGGCCAUAGAUUUGUUUCUUUAAGAGAAAGACUAGGUGAUAAAUUAGAAGUCAUCAGGUUUGAUCCUAGAAUACAAGCUGAAUGUGUCUACAAAGAGAAAAGGAAGAUUAGAAGCAUGAAGUAAUAGUGUCUUUGCAUUUACCACAACGUCAUUUAAUUCAUUUGUUGACUGGCUGUAGCAAUUAAUUUGUUAAUAAAUUAAAAUUACUUCUAAAA